CGCCCUUACAAUACCUCGCUUCGCGCCAGCCCCAGACAUUGUCCUUUUCAUUCAUCUUCUGAUGAUAUCAAUUUUAACACACCAAGCCUCAUUAUCCUGAUUGUGUAUUCCUUCGUACAAUCUCCUGAUCCAAACUAGCGAUCCCCCCUCCAUCCUCACCGAUCCCGACUCCGCCUUGAGCCUCGCCACAAAGUGGCUUACUGCUGCUUCUCCUCACUCAACCUCAAAUAUCCCGACUUCCGCGCUGUCCUCCCUACUGCCGUCACCACUUCGAUUAUUCCUCCUCACACCGACCCUCGAACUUUUGACACAAUUCCCACCGGCAUUCUCAAUCGCACUCUACAAGUUUGAAUCCCCGCCGCCUUAUGAGACGACCCUAAUCGUCUGUGGAUAAAGAUCGCACACACCAUUCCCUGACCAGGCCGUCAUGGCGCGACGGUACGAGAUUGAUGAGCUGCUAUGGUUGCGCUCAUCACCUCUUGUCGCAAAACCUCCUGGCCUGCCUCCCAUUGAAGAAUGGAUGCCUCAACCUGACCCAACGACCCAAACCAAGCCACGAAACUCUCGUGAUGCCAAUAACCCAUCUGAGACAACUACAAACAGAAGACCGAGCUUCUUCGAAGCUCGUCACAUCUCCCGUGGCUCCAAUUCAGAAGACAUCAUUCUUGGCCCUCCAAAAAUUGCCUUUGCGUCAUCACGGAUUGGUGGGGUCGGUAAAGGGUCAUUCGAUCUGACGGACCGGUCCGUGCGACCAGCCGACUCGGAGGAGAAGGGUGACCGCUUCAAUUUCCGUGACAAAUUUUUCAAAGAUAAAGACGCCCCGGAGAGAGACUUGGAGCGCCGAGACGGAAAGUCUACUGGCCUGAACGGCCGACGCGGGGAGAGGGAGGACUGGAAUGCUGGCCGCCCUCGUCGUGGGCUCGGACCAGACGAGCAGGACCGCAAGCCACGCCGUAAUGGCGACUUUGACAGAUGGGAGAACAGAGAAAGUGCUCGAGAUCCAAACAAUGAUCGAGGAAUCCGGGAUCGAGACGGCCGCCCUACAACGAAGAAGGAUGGCCAGCCGGGACGAGCCAAAUUCGAAGGAAGCUGGUUCCGUGAUGAGAACACCCAGGAGGUCGCCGAAACCGAUGAGGAUAAAUCACAGCUACGAAACCGAGAAUGGCGCCGUGAUCGACACGGUGCAGACCGCGACUGGACCCGCGGUGCUAAACUCGAGCAAGAGCCCGAGUGGCUUGAUAGCAAUGACCGAGAUGAGCCACGACGUGCACAUACGCAGGAAGACUUUGAGCGGUGGAAGGAGAGAAUGAAGGCUGGAUCUGGUGCUGGUCAGCAGGCUCCGGCUCAGGAGGAGAAGAGAGAGUUCCCCGCAGAAUCGCAAUCGCACAUUGCUGCACAGCAGCCAGAGUCUCACGCUACCGACGGGGAGGUUUUCAGCAGCUCUGGUACCCAAUUUAUGCAAAACACCUCGAUGGAUCGCUUCUUUGGCAUGCUGGGAGACACGAAACCACACGUCCCCGAAAUCAGCUCUCCAGUUGCUACUGAACAAACUCCCAAGAAAGACCUUCUAGCUGCCGGCAUGAGCGCCAAACCUGGCAAAUCCUCUCGUUUUGCUGGGCUAUUUAGUCCGCCGCCGGAGAGCCCUGCGAAGGAAGCUGAGCCUCAAGGACCUUCCAUGGCCAUGCUCUUUGGUGGUGGUAGCCCAGCCAACGCACAUGAUGCUGACCAGGAAGGGUUCCAGCGUAUUUUGAAGAUGCUAGGAGGCGGAGUCAACCGGUCUAACAAUGGGACUCCUCAACAAGGCGAGCCGCUUCAGCAGUCGCGAUCAUCCUCGAUGGCACACUCUGAGCACCAACCACCACGUGUCAUGGCCAACAUGUCGUCUCCGAGAGAUUCUCUCCCGCAGUCGGAGUACAUGGGCCCUCAUGAGAAUCCCAUGGGCCCCGCAGCGGGCAAGGAUCCGCAGGCUCGCGAGAGAGAACAUCUGCUUCGGUUGAUGCAGCAAGUCCGUGUUGGCCCUCCCUCGGGGCUUCCAUCCCAGCAAUCCCCUCCGAACGUAGGCGUGGCUCCUCCCCCUGGCCUGAUGCCCGAAAUGAUGCCUCGCCCCCCCCCUGGACUGGGUGCUCAAAAGACACCAGCCUUCCUCGAUGACCCGGCCAUCGCGAAUAUGCAGCGACCGGACAGUGAGCAGCUUCGUCGACGAGCACCCAACGGACCCCCGCCCAUGGGGUACUUUGAUGAUGUGCCCUUCCCUCCCCAGGUCGCCCAGGGACCUAUGACUCCCGGUGGUACCCGUCCUAUUCAGGGCUUGAACCAACCCCCCAUGCCACUUCAGCGGCCUCCAGGACUGGAGCACAUGCCACCCCCGGGCUGGGCCGGCCAACACCCUCCUCAAGGAAACGGACCCAGCCCCAUGGGCCCUCCUCCUGGCAUCCCAGCGCCUAACCGCGGCUUCCCGCCUGGCAUGAUGCCGAUGCCCCCCCGUGGCCCCCCACCCGGCAUGAUCCCACCGCCAGGAUACAUGGGUGGGCCGCCGCCUCCCGGUUUCCCUCAUAUGCCCCAUAACCCGGAGGCUAUGAUGGGAGUUGGCCCGGGUGGUCAGGGGCCCUUUGGCCCCGGUGUUCCCGGUCCCCAGGGCCCGCCUCCCUCAUCCCGCCACCUCCUAGAGAUGUUCGGCCAGCCCAAUGGUGGUGACGGCCGCGGUGGUAUGAUCGGCCCCGGUCAGUUCAGGUAAAUCGAAACAUGGCUCGAUAAUCUUGAUAGCUGCAUUCAAUCUACCCGUGUUCUUAUUGCUCAAUGAGAAUAUGUGACGAUCUGGGCAAAUACGUGGUGGACAGCAUACGGUGCAAGAUUUUCGUUUGUUUUCACCCGGCCUGGGUACACAGCAAGGUUGCAUCUUAUCGAGAGAUCAAAGUAUAUCUAUUCUUAUUUUUUUUCCCCCUUGAUGUAUUCGGUCAUGCCGAUUUUCGGUAUCAUGAUGCCUCUGCUUGGUGCCGCUUCUCGAUAACCCUCAGCUCUGGCUCGUUCUGUGUUUCCUUCUCGCUGCAUACUAUCUUUUGUGGCAGUUUUAUUCAUUGUCAUUAUCCGAUGUUCUUUAUUCUCGAACGGAAGUGACGUUGCUGUGUAUCUAGGUCUGGCUGAAAACGAGUACAUUGUUGAGAUGCAGUGAUAUGGUUGAUAGGUCAUGUGGUGGAUCAAUUGUGAAUCUAUGACCUAGAGGAAGCUCGGAGUCUGCAGUAUUGUAGACUCCCUCUCUUAUUGUGGAUGGCUGGAUAAAUACAAUAUGCCCACUACUUGAUACAGAAUCACCUAGCGGUAUUCACUUACUGUAAUUCCAUGUAGAGAUAGGCCUAAUAAUUCGAUACUCCGUCCGGACUGCUCGG